GCUUAAAAAGUAUCCAUUAUUUUGGAAGAAAUAAAAAUAGUUAAAACGUCUUAUUAUAUUUAAAAUAAAAUGUUUAGGAAAUACUUUAAUUACAGUUAUAUAAGGGCAUAUAUUUUAGAAAAUUAAUGCUUAUUAUAAUGAUCACAUUCUGAAAAUGAAUAUCCAGCAAAAUAUGUUUGCAAAGUCCAGAGGAGUUGAAUCAAAAGUCCAACACCGUUCAGAUUUAUUAAUGAAUGACCAGAUGCAACUUGUUCACCAUGUGCAGACAAAUUUAAGCAAUGCUCUUCAGCAGUUGGAGAAGGAAAAAGACCCUCUUCACAUACAGCAAUUGAGACUGUCAGUUGCAGAACUGCAAGCUCAGUCACAGAAAUAUAUUUUAGCUCUAAAGGUUAUGGAUAAAAUAAAUACAGAAUUAAUAUACGCAAGAGUUGAACUUCAAGAGGCAAUACAACAAGGCCAUGACAAUGUCAACCUGUCAAGGAAACGAGUUAUCUGGUUGGAAGAUAAAAUGGGAGAGCUCUGUGGCAAAAGAAAAUUAAAAGGAAUAGAAGAUAUUUCUGAUUCAAAAGCUAUGAAGGAGGAAACGAAACAAAAUAAUCAUUUAAAACUCAGCUCAGAAUCUCAACCAAGUAAGGAUGAACAUCAAUUCCAUGAAAUAAAAGAUCACAAUGAACAGGAUUUAGUUGAAAAUACAGACAGUGUCACAACAAUUGUUGAAACAAAUCUGGUUAUGACAGAUAGGAAGGGCACACUUAACCUCCAGAUCACUGCAGAAAAUAAAACAGAAGAAUGUGAAAGUCCAACACGUGAAGACAAUGAGAGUUUUGAAAAUGAGGACUUUAGAGACUGUCUUGCGACACCAAGAAGCAACAUUAAAAAAACAUAUCUGACUGAAGUUGAAGGACAAACUGGAGAGUACAACAGAGAAACAAAUAAGUCCUCUUUGUCUUCAGGGACUGAGUCAGAAUGGAAAGUCAGUAGCAAUACAGAAGAAAGACACAGAGACCUGGCUAGUGAAUAUUGGCAAUCAGAGCACCACAGGUUUGAAUACAGCCAAUUUGCUAAUCAAUUUUUAGAGGCUGAUCCCUUAAGCUAUCAUCAAGUAGGAUUGGCAGUUCCAGGAUCAUUUAUACAGAAAGAAGACCUAGCUAGUGUGUUUCAAGAGUUACCUUGGCGCUCAAGAAGAAAAGAAAGUGAAAUCAAAGAUGUUCAUCGAGUGGCAUUAGACAAACUGGCAGCUAGGAUUCAUGGCUUGUAUUACAAAGUGUAUGAUGCAGCUCAGUUGUCUGUUAGAUCUUGGCAUAAACAACAAGAUAAAGAAAAUAAAAAAGAUUCUGGAAGUUUAGCGCCUUUGAAAAUCAAACCAAAAGACCAAUUGUCAAAUGAGGUAACUCUUUAUGAACACAAAACAAUAAAAGGAAAAGACAAAAUUUAUUCAAAGACUCUGCUGCCUCCAACAAUUCUUCCCAUUACAAGAACAAGUUGGAAUAAAGAGUUCCCUCGGUUUGCUAGUUCUUUCUGUAAACCUGAUCCAGAAUCUCGUACAAUGACAGAAAGAAUAGUUGAUCAACGAAACCUGAUUGAAGAAACAAAAAUUGUUCUUUAUAAAGAUAAAUCCAAACGUCCACUGCCUGGUGCGGCAAACCUGGAGAAAAAAUUUCAGAAAAUGAUUGAAAGUGAAGCUGGAACAAAUACUAAAACAUCUGGAAAGAAGUUAAGGACAAGUUUUAAAGCUGCAGUAGCUGUUACCAAAUUACAUUCAGCAGCCACUAAUAAUUGGAACCAGAUCAAACCAGAAUCAAGAGGGAAACAAUAUUCAGGUUUAAGAUGGGAAAGAGUAAAGACGAUUGUUCAUGUACACCUUCAAUCUCCCAGAGUUGAAGAAAGAAUAGAUGGAGCUCGGCAACUGGGUGCUCUGAGGUGUGGUGACACCAUGGUGACGUAUGCUUUGAAAGAGAGGAUUGAGAAUGAUACAGAAGACAGAGUUAGAUAUGAGGCAGCUAAAGCCCUUGUUUUAAUUGGAUGCUGGGACGAGGAAGUCCUGGCAUGUGUACUGAAAUAUCUGGUACUUGGUAACAUGGAAAUAAGGAGUGAUCUAAUUCAAACAAUAGCCAAUGGGAAAAAUGUACAGUUUGUCAACAAAAAUAUGCCUUUAGUUAUAGAACUGGCCAAAGUGUUAAGUCAUUUUUGCCAAAAUCCUGACCCAGAUGACAUCAUUGCCUUCCAAGCAGCUGUUUGUUUAGGUCAGCUAUGUGUCAAGGACAUACAUGCUCAAGACAGACUUGUAAAGACAUUGGAGGAGUCUCUAGACACUCAUAUCAAGGCAAAAGCUUUGGAAAUCUUGGUGAAACAAUUACAUUUUACUGAUGAUAAUGUUGUGCAACAUAUAGAAGAUAUGCUACGCGAUUCUCCAGUCUGGAGUUUUAGAGCUCUGGCUUGCAAUUUACUUAUCUCCCUUGGUCCUAAUCAUGAAUGUGUUGUUAAACAUAAUGAAAAGAUUUAUCAGUUAUUAGAGAGACGACUGUGGGAUGAUCCUAGCAUGGAAGUGCGACUUACUGCAGCCAAAUCUUUGACAGCUUUAGGAAUGUUUACCAGAGCCUGUGAUAAUGUUGUUUUAAAAUUAGAAGAUCUAGAGGAAGAAAAACGAGCUCAAGCCGCUAUUGCUGUGGGCACUUUGGGGUUGAAAAAUGAGAAAGUCAUUCGUCUUUUGCUGGAAAUGUUAGAGCUAGACUCCAGUGACUAUGUUAGACUUAUGAUCAUAAGAACCUUCAGAAUUCUGAAACUGAUGGACAGAAGGGUGAUACGUUCUCUACGGGAUAGAGAGAGGCUUGAGGGUGCUAUUGGCAGGGAAUGUGGGAAAGCUUUAAAAGUUUUGGACCAGACAUCAGCAUUAGUAGCAUAAUUUAGUUUGUUUAUUUAUUAAUUUGGUUUGACAAUGUCAUGAUUGUAUCUUUUGAUAUUUUAUGUCCAGAGAGACAAUCUUUUCCCUUGAUUGUAUAUAUUGUAUUUAUAUAGUUUGUUCAGAUAUUGUAUUUACUAUUGAAAGAAUUUUUUUUUUUUUUUGUUAUGAUUAAAUUGUUUUUGAUUUUAGAAAGGGUGUUGAACUGGUAGAAUGUGGAUGUUAAAUUUUAUUAAAAGAGUGGAGUUAUUACCCAUGUGCAGUGCAGUGGUUGCAGUCCUAUCCUAGACUUAAGGAUUCACUAAUAUAUAUAUAUACAUGCUGUUUUUAUGUAUUUUUAAAAUUUAUUGAUCAAUCAUUUAGUGUGAUUUAUCUUGCUACAGUAAUUAUUAUAUUUUAUUUCAUUCUCUUAUUUAAUACACAUGCUUUUUUUUUUCUAAAUAAUUCACUGUGAUAGACUUGUUGAUUAAACUCUUUAUGCUAAGC